CUCCCUCCUCACUUCCUCUCCGCAAGCCGCGCCUGGGUCGGGGGCUGGCGGUCUAACAGCCCCGAAAGAAAACACCAUGUAAAGAAAAGUAUAAAAGGACAGACAGCGAAAAUUACUAGCUUUGUUAUCAGUCCCUCUAACUGUUUGUUGUCGGGACCAGGCUUCGCAGUUUGGCAGAUACCGAAUGGCAAAAGACGGAUCACACUAGCGUUGUGAAAGCAGGUAGCAGACAGACAUACCAUGCAGAUGAGCAAUGGCGUCUCUGUGGCCUCGACCAACGGCACCCGUCAGUCUCCCAGAUACGUCCCCGGCCGGGUGGCCCCCGUCCGCUCCCCCCCGCCCCUCUCCAAAGCCCCUCCCCCCCCGCCCCUGAAGCCCCCGGGCCCGCCCCCAGAGCGGAGGGCCACCUUCAGCCUGUCGGAGGAGGGCCAGCGCCAGGAGCGCGCCCAGUACCUGAGGAAGAGGAGGAACACCUUCGUCUGCUUCGGAGUCUCCAUCGGAACCUUCCUCCUCUCUCUCAUCCUCAUCCUCAGCCUGACGGGGGGCGACGUGCUGGAUGAGAACUGCCCCGACCACAACCCCUCUCUGAGCAGCUGGAAGCCAGGCCACCGCCCGGACAAGGCCGCCGUCGUCCGGAAGGGAGACCUCCUCCGAUUGGACGCCUCCGCCACCUUCUACUCCCUAACCAUCCAAUCAGGAGGUCGAGUGGUUUUCGCCGACAGUGCGGACGCUUCCGGAAACAUCACUCUCCGGACACGCCACAUCGACAUCGAGGACGGCGGCGCCCUCCACAUCGGCGCCCCCAAGUGUCCCUACCGCUCCCGCGCCGCCAUCGCCCUCUUCGGCCGCUCGGACGAGGCGGCGGUGGGCGAGGUGGCGGGCCUGGGCAGGAAGUUCAUCGGCGUGCGCGCGGGAGGCACCCUGGAGCUCCACGGGGCGCGGCGGCCAUCUUGGACCCUGCUGACCCGCGGCAUCCCCGCCUCUGGCCUCGCCACGGGGGGCUACUCCUUCCAGAAGAACUUCAGCCGGGGCAUCAACGUGCGCGUGGUGGACCAAGACACCGGGGCCGUGCUCCAGGUCGAGCGCUACGACACGCACGAGUUGCGCAACGACAGCCGGCGCCUCACGCAGCUGCUCCGGGCGCUGCCGGCCGGCCGCGUGGUGGCGCUCGCCGUGGGCGACUCGGCGGUGAAGAGCCUCCUGGAGGAGACCAAGAGGAGCAUUCAGGAGCUGUUGGGGAGCACCUACAUCCUGGACCUCAAAUACAGGCAGGCGUGGGCGCUGGUGGCGGAGGUGGGCGGGGGGAACGCCUCGUGUUCGGAGGCCGUCCGGGAGCACGAGAACCACGAGACGGGCGGCCGGGCGCUGGCCCGCCGCUCCUACACCACGGCCCACGGCGUGGGCUUCUCCGUCAGCGCCUUCAGCGAGUGGAGGAACGGGUUUCCGAUCUCGGGCUUCCAGGUGGAUGCCGUGGAUCAGGUGGUGCUCAACCUGCAGGAUGACGUGCAAACCUGGCAACCCGGAGACCGGAUUGUGGUUGCCAGUACUGACUACUCCAUGCACCAGGCUGAGGAGUUUACCCUUCUGCCCUGCCCGCUCUGCACCAGUAGACAAGUCCGGAUUCAGGGGAGACCCCAGUAUGCCCACAUGGGGGAGAUAGUGGAGGGGGUGGACAUGAGGGCCGAAGUGGGGCUCCUCACCCGGAACAUUCUCAUCUAUGGAGAGAUGGAAAACUCCUGCUAUGGAAAUAACUUGUGCCAGUUCUUCAAUCACGACACCUUUGGCGGACACAUCAAGGUGUUUGGGAACUUCUCGGCGGUGCACCUGUCCCAGGUGGAGCUGAGGAACCUGGGCCAGCAGAGGGAGGUGGGCCGCUACCCCCUCCACUUCCACCUCUGCGGUGACGUGGACUCCCGAGGGGGCUACCGGGAGCCCACCUACGUCGACGGGCUGUCCAUCCACCACUCCUUCUCCCGCUGCAUCACCGUGCACGCCACCAACGGCCUCCUGGUGAAGGACACGGUGGGCUUCGACACGCUGGGCCACUGCUUCUUCCUGGAGGACGGGAUAGAGCAGAGGAACACCUUCUACCACAACCUGGGUCUCCUGACGCGGCCGGGGACCCUGCUGCCCACCGACCGCAACGACACUGUGUGCCUCGCCCUCCGAGACCGCGUGUUCCAGAACUACGUCCCGUCACCAAGCACCGAGUGCAAGGCAGUGUCUACCUUCUGGAUUGCCAACCCCAACAACAACCUCAUAAGCAACGCUGCAGCGGGUUCCCAGGAUGCUGGGAUCUGGUACGUGUUCCACAGCUCGCCCACGGGGGACUCCCACGGCCUGGUCCCUGAGACCCGGCCGGAGCUCACCCCCCUGGGGGUGUUCUUCAACAACCGCGUCCACUCCAACUUCAAGGCCGGCCUGUUCAUUGAUAAAGGUGUGAAGACCACCAAGGCCUCCGCUGCUGACCCCAGGGAGUACCUGUGUCUGGACAACAACGCCAGGUUCCGUCCUCACCAGAAUGCCGACCCCAGCCAGCCCCGAGUGGCGGCCCUCAUCGACACCCUCAUCUCCUUCAAGAACAACGACCUCGGAGCCUGGAUACGUGGCGGUGACAUCAUCAUCCAGAACUCUGGAUUUGCAGACAAUGGCGUUGGACUGGCCUUUGCCAGUGAUGGAAGCUACCCCAAGGACGAGGGCUCCAGCCAGGAGGUAACCCAGUCCCUGUUUGUGGGCGAGAGCUGGAACCGAGGAACCAUGGGAGGACAGAACAAGUACUCGGGCCUGGGAGCCGUGGACGGCAAGAUGAGAACACUGCCACGGAACAAGACCUUCCCCAUCCGAGGGUUCCAGAUCUACGAUGGCCCGGUGCGUGUGACCAGGAGCACUUUCCGGAGCUACGUUCCCACGUCGGAGCGCUUCACCAGCGCCGUGGGCUUCAACCUGAAGAACACCUGGCAGCUGACGCCACGCAACAACCUGUCCCAGCUCAGCUUCCAUUCCACCGUGGGUCUGAGGGCGUUCUUCGGGCGACCGGGGCAGUGGUUCGAGGAGAACGACAUGGACGGGGAUAAGAACUCGAUCUUCCACGACGUGGACGGCUCCGUGACGGGGUACGGCGACACGUACGUGGGCCGGGCAGACAACUACCUGAUCCGCCACCCGGACUGCGUCAACAUCUCCCUGUGGAACGGCGUGGUGUGCAGCGGGGCCUACGCACAGGUGUAUAUCCAGACGCAGGGCUCCUCCGGCCUGGGCCUGUCCAUCAGCCGAGACGAGUACCCGGCCGCCCCGCUGCUCCUGCGGGGCGUCAACAGCCAGGGGGCGCUGUCCCAGCAGUACCAGCCCGUCCUCAUGAUGAGCAAGAGCUACACGCUGCACUGGAGCGGCCCCGCGCCCCGCGAGAUCGUCCUCUCCCUCAUCAACUUCAACCAAGGAGACUGGGUCCUGGUGGGGCUGUGUUACCCGUCGGACACCACCUUCCAAAUCAUGGCCGACAUCAACGACCGGCAGAGCAACACCUUCGAUGACAUCACCGACUACGGGCCGAGCUUCUCUCUGGCAGACCUGGAGAAGAGGCCCAACGACAGGAAGUACUUCUUUGACCGCGGCGUCGGGUUGCUGUGGCUCUACCUGCGGGCGCGUCACGGCCGGGAGGGCCACAGCUACUGCUCGGCGAGGGGCUGUGAGAGGGUGAAGGUCAUGGCCACCACCUCCUCCAGGCAGACCUGCAACUGCACGGCCAAGGCCUACCCCAAGUACAGCAAGACGCCCUCGGCGGUGGUGCCCAUGCCCAGGGUCAACAUCCAGACCUGCACUGACUGUGGGGCCUCUCAGCUGGUGUUCUCCAGUGACCCGUGGAACUCUUACCUCCACACCCAGAUCAAGUCUCUGAGCAGCCAGGAGGAGCAGGGAGGGGACUCUCAGGCCUUCAUCACGGUGGAGGGAGACAUCUCCCCCCUCUCCCAGACAGGCUUCCUCCUGGUCACAGUGGACGCCUGCCUGGGCAAGGUCACCAAGAAGACUCCCUUCUCCAAAAUGGACGCCAAAAUGGAACAGUAUUUGAGAACAGGCAUACCAAAGAGGUCAAUAGUACUGCUGGGGUCGCGAGGUCGCCCCGAAGGAUUGGACGGUGUCGCACCGUAUCUGGUCCCCCUGGGAAUGGCCAAGGCUGCUGAUCUGCAUAGGAAAGAGAGCCUGGUGUUCUGGGGCUUCCAGGGCGGCCCUACCCGGGUUCCGUGGGUUUCUCUGUUGUCCAGCCAGGGUGAGGAGGCUGUGGGGCUGCAGGAGCUCUACAUCCCCCUGGGCCUGGAGGCCUACGGCUGCCCCCAGGCUGGGCGAACCCCACGCAGAGACGUGGAGCUCCUCAGGGCGGCCACAGGGCGACAGUGAAAAGCUUCCAGCACCCAGACCACAACACAACACAACCAACCAGCGAACGAAUGUGAACUGUUUGAACUUUAAUUUAUUAACGACGGCAUAGAUGUUUACUGAUCCGAAUGGUAUUUUAUUGAGACUGGACGAGGAUGGAGUCUUUUGAAAGAGUUUGUGCUGUGUGAUUGAGUGCGUGGAUGUGUUUGUUUACAUGGGAAUGUGUGUGUUUGUGUGUGUGUGUGUGUGUGUUGCCUGGGGAGGAUCCAUUGAGGCACCAAAUAAUGCACUUUCCAAGGCGCAAAUAGUUCUUUGAUGUCCUACUUUGACUUUUAGAAAAAAAGUAAAUAUGCCAUAAAGUUACUAAACCCCCCCAAAGAAAGUCUUACCUCAACAUACUGUAAGAGGGGCAGCAGCUGAAAUGAGACGAGCCAAAUCAAAA